CACCACUGAUUCCUGACCAAGUGCCAGAGUGAUCGAGAGAGCAGUGUGAGCUCAACACUGGAAUAAGACGAGGCGAGGAGAGGGGAAGUGGUCAACGUUAACAAUAUGGAUAUCUCGGUGUUUUUGUGCUGCUUCUUCCCGCUCACCGUGGCUGUUGAAGAGACUCUUAUGGAUUCAAGAUUGGCAACAGCUGAACUGGGAUGGACUGCAUACCCAGAUUCUGGGUGGGAAGAAGUAAGUGGAUAUGAUGAUGCAGUAAAUCCUAUUCGCACAUACCAGGUCUGUAAUGUGAUGGAAGCAAACCAGAACAAUUGGCUUCGAACUACUUACAUUGAACAUAAAAACGUUCAGCGAGUAUAUGUGGAGAUGAAAUUCACUGUGCGGGACUGCAACAGCAUACCAAAUAUUCCAGGUUCCUGUAAGGAAACUUUUAAUUUAUUUUUCUAUGAGUCUGACACAGACUCAGCAACAGCAUCAACUCCUUUCUGGAUGGAGAACCCGUACAUAAAAGUGGACACCAUUGCACCAGAUGAGAGUUUUUCCAAAUUGGAGUCUGGUAGGGUCAACACAAAGAUCAGAAGCUUUGGCCCAUUAUCUAAGAAUGGAUUCUACCUAGCAUUUCAGGAUCUGGGCUCAUGCAUGUCACUCAUUUCGCUGCGUGUGUUCUACAAGAAAUGCCCAUCUGUGAUUGCAAAUUUUGCAGUUUUUCCAGAAACUGUUACUGGAGCAGAACCUACAUCACUUGUGAUUGCUCCUGGCAUCUGCCUCAGUAAUGCUAUUGAACUGUCUGUCCCCCUGAAACUGUACUGUAACGGGGAUGGGGAGUGGAUGGUACCUGUUGGAGCUUGUACUUGUGCUGCUGGAUAUCAACCUGCGAAACAGGACACAGCUUGCCAAGCUUGUAGCCCAGGAACAUUCAAAUCCAAACAAGGGCAUGAACCCUGUGCACUUUGCCCAUCAAACAGCAGGAUCAACACUGAAGCAGCCACUGUCUGUCAGUGCAAAAAUGGAUUCUAUCGCGCAGACAGUGACCAGCCUGAGAUGGGAUGCACAAGUGUGCCUUCUGCUGCAAGGAAUGUUAUUUCAAAUGUGAAUGAGACUUCUCUGAGUUUGGAGUGGAGUGAGCCACAGGACACCGGUGGCCGUGAUGACCUGCUCUAUAAUAUCAUCUGCAAGAAGUGUAGCGUAGAAGGCAAAAUCUGCUCCAGAUGCGAUGACAAUGUUGAGUUUGUCCCACGACAGCUGGGCCUGACGGAAAGGCAUGUGUUUAUCAGCAAUCUUUUGGCUCACACCAGAUAUACGUUUGAAAUCCAGGCAGUAAAUGGAGUCUCCAGCAAGAGUACACUUCAUCCUCAGUUUGCAGCAGUUAACAUCACCACAAAUCAAGCUGCUCCUUCUCCCGUCCUUAUGGUACACUUACUGAGUGCCACAUCAAAUAGCAUGACUCUAUCAUGGCUUGCACCUGAAAAACCCAAUGGCAUAAUCCUGGAUUAUGAGCUGAAAUAUCGUGAAAAGGACCAAGAUGAAUCAACAGCAUCAACCAUUACAAGUCAGAAAAACACUAUUCGCAUUGAAGGGUUAAAACCAUCUGCUUCGUAUGGAGUUCAGGUGCGAGCCAGGACAGUGGCUGGAUAUGGAAAGUACAGCGAAACUGUAGAUUUCCAGACUCUGAUGGAAAAUGAGAGUGGGAAAAGCAUCCAAGAACAAUUGCCCCUGAUUGUGGGUUCAGCCACUGCAGGCCUGGUAUUUAUUGUAGCUGUGCUUGUGAUUGCAUUUGUGUGCAUCAGGAAACGUGGAAGUGGUUCAGAGUCAGAAUACACUGAGAAGCUCCAGCAAUACAGCACUGGCCACAUCACACCAGGAAUGAAGGUUUAUAUUGAUCCUUUCACCUAUGAAGAUCCCAAUGAGGCUGUCAGAGAAUUUGCCAAAGAAAUUGAUGUCUCCUGUGUUAAAAUUGAAGAAGUGAUUGGAGCAGGUAGACCAAAAGGUGAAUUUGGAGAAGUAUGUCGAGGACGCCUUAAACUUCCAGGACGAAGAGAGAUCUUUGUAGCGAUAAAAACACUUAAGGCUGGUUAUACUGAAAGACAGCGAAGGGAUUUCCUAAGUGAAGCUAGUAUUAUGGGACAAUUUGAUCAUCCAAAUAUUAUCCAUUUGGAGGGAGUGGUCACUAAAAGCCGCCCAGUCAUGAUUGUUACCGAGUUUAUGGAGAAUGGUGCCUUGGAUUCCUUCCUCAGGAUGAAUGAUGGACAGUUCACAGUCAUCCAGCUGGUAGGCAUGUUAAGAGGAAUUGCAGCUGGGAUGAAAUAUUUGUCAGAAAUGAACUAUGUGCACAGAGAUCUGGCAGCCAGGAACAUUCUGGUCAACAGUAAUCUUGUGUGCAAAGUGUCAGAUUUUGGUUUGUCGAGGUUCCUGGAAGAUGAUCCAACUGAUCCAACAUACACAAGUUCACUGGGUGGCAAAAUUCCAAUCAGGUGGACAGCUCCUGAAGCAAUUGCUUAUCGCAAGUUCACCUCAGCCAGUGAUGUAUGGAGUUACGGAAUUGUCAUGUGGGAAGUGAUGUCAUAUGGUGAGAGACCCUACUGGGACAUGUCAAAUCAAGAUGUUAUUAAUGCUGUGGAACAGGACUAUCGUUUGCCACCUCCAAUGGACUGCCCAACUGCUUUGCAUCAGUUGAUGUUGGACUGCUGGGUAAAAGAUCGUAACAACCGACCUAAAUUUGCCCAGAUUGUAAACACUUUGGACAAGCUUAUUCGGAAUGCAGCUAGCUUGAAAGUCGUCUCUAUUGCGAAUCCAGGCCCUUCCCAGCCUCUGUUGGAUCGUACUGUUCCUGACUACACCACAUUCACCACAGUGGGAGACUGGCUAGAUGCAAUUAAAAUGGGUCGAUACAAGGAGAAUUUUAUUAAUGCUGGGUUCACCUCUUUCGACUUGGUUGCACAGAUGACGGCAGAAGACUUGCUGAGGAUAGGAGUCACAUUGGCUGGGCACCAGAAGAAGAUUCUCGGCAGCAUUCAGGACAUGAGGUUACAGAUGAACCAAACACUUCCAGUGCAGGUCUGACAGCGAGGCACUCUGGAUUUAAUUAAGAUUGAAGUCAAGUAGGAUAAUUGCGUGCAGUGCCUGGCUUCCAGUUUUUCCCGUGUGGAGCACCUAGAACUAUUGUUUCAAGUCAACUCUCAGUUCAAGGAUAAUUGUAGCAUGAAUUGAAAAAUGUCUGAAAAGGCUCCAAAAAGGAAUGCAGUCUGAAAAUAGUUAUCAUGGCUUUUGGGCAAUUGGUUUCUGUCAUGGGAUUUUUACUUCUUUUGCACCAAACCUGUGACGACAUCAAAGACUUUCAAAAGCUGCCACAGGAGGCAGGUUUUGCCCAGAAGCCAGUAUAUUAUUAAGUCUUCAUAUUGAAGAUAUAUUAUUUAAAAUCUAUGUGUCAAGAUACCACAUAAGAUAUUGGGUCAUAGAUUUGAUAUUCUACUCCUGUUGCAUUCCUUCAGAGCACCAUCAAUGAAAAGAAACAAAGAAGUUGAACAGUUCUGUAUAUAGAGUGAAAACCUAGUCUCUGAGUUAGUUCUAUUUCUUGCAAUAAAACCAGAUUGGAAUAGCCAAACAGGAAUGCCUUUAAGGUGUGCUUGCACCUUUUGGUCCAGAAUGACAUUUUUUCACAACUUGUGUGGCACUUGAGCAUUGAAUACAGGCAUCAGGAUAAUUAUAUCGUGAGAUGGAAGUGAAUAUAAAAUUUCAUUUGAAGUUCCUAUGUGUUUUGUAAUUUGUGGUUACUCGAGUAAAUGGAUUGCUGGAUGUAUUGGCUAUCCCUGCGCACUGGCAAGAGAAGGAAAUGUUGCGCAAGAAUGAUAUCAGUUCUUAUAGUCUUCAGCCAAAUAACACCUGGAAAAAGGUGGAUGACAAGAGUUUCAUCAAUGAAUUGAUUCUGAUUCAAAACUGCUCUAAUGCAAGAUAGAGUCUUUAUUCUGGACUUUAUUAUUGGAAUUCCUUUAGUUUCCAGCUAAAAUUUGUGAAGUUGUCACCCGUGGGAGCACAGUUCUGUGGAACUUUCUGAAUUGCAAAAGUAGAGACUAAACACCAAAAUGAUAUAAAACCUUUAACGGUGAGAGCUGUCAAGGAAAAGAACAACUGUACAUGACUGAAGAAACUUCUUGGCCAUCUGUUUAAUCAAGUGCUGUUAAAUUUUGUUGUCAUUGCCAAAAGACAGGAAAUUUUAUUUUUUCUAAAGAACAGAUAAAACCUUUGUAAACAAUAGAAUGCAAAGAGUAAUUGUAACACAAAAUAUGGAAAAGGCAAUAAGUGUUUUUAAUUUUAGUUUGUAUUACAGUAAAUCAUUUUUAGCUCAUCUUCAAACUUCCCAUUACUCAAUAUUCCAAGAAGACAUUGGCAGAGGAGACUGUACAUUUGUACAUACUUUUAGAUAUUUUCCUUUGUUAAUGUAUGGGCUUUAACCAAUAAAUACAGACCAUGUAUAUUUUGCCACUGUAAAUGGCACAUGCCUAUAUUGUAUAUAAACAAGGCAAAAUGUGAGAAAUGCAACAGUUACGUUUUAAUGUUCUGCAGUCCUCAUUCACAAAAAUAGAUCCUUAAUUCUAAGUUGUUCUGUAAAAUAACAAUGCUGUAAAAAAUAAUUUUAAACUAUUUGUUGUGAUAGGUUAUUCAGUAGUAGUUCACAGUGCCUGCUUGACAUCUGUGACUAACAAAAUACAUUUGGUUAUGUUGCUGUGAAUUUGGUGCAAGCUUUAAUAAUGUGGCCCACCAUUUCCUUCUAAGUAAUCUUUCUACAUAGUACUUCUGUAAGAGCCAUACAGUGGCUAAUCUUUUGUAGAAAAACCUAAUGGCUGUCUUCCAGUCACUUUGGAAAACAUACCUGUAUAGUAUUUUGCAAACUUUUUAAAAUAUUGAGAUGUAUUUAAUGGUGAAAAAGAUGCAUUCUUGCAUUUGUAGAAAUAUUUUUAAAAAACCUUUUGCAAUUAAAUUAUUUAAGAAGUUUAUGGUAUUUCUUGAGCUUGUUUCUUUUGUUUUGUGCAUCAAAUUCAGUGCCAUUCCUAGUAUUCAAAUUUGGCAAUUAGUACAUAUAAUGUUCUAGGGUAGUGUCAGACAUCUCGAGUUGAGAGUAGAGGUUGUUUUACAAUGUAGGUGAUUUUAAGUAAGUAUAUAAAAAUGAAUCAUAGUGGCCUGAAGCAAUACUGUAAUAGGAUAAAAUGACAA